AUGAAAAUCAUUUCGAUGGGGGCUCUUGGCGUGGGUAAGAGCUGCCUCAUCAAGCGGUUCUGCGAAGAACGGUUCGUGUCAAAGUAUAUCUCGACCAUUGGCAUCGACUACGGAGUGAAGCCGGUCACGGUAAACGGGGAAUCGGUGCGCAUCAACUUUUGGGACUUGUCGGGACACCCUGAUUUCUUCGAGAUUCGGAACGAAUUCUACAAGGAUUCGCAAGGGGAUGCAACCAUCAAGGUGCUGUACAAGAAGGGUGACCGGUCCAACUGUAACAACUACAGGGGGAUUUCGCUACUAUCUCACGUAGGCAAGGUCCCCAUCAAGAUCAUCACCAACCGUCUAAGCGCCUUCUGCGAAGCCAACAACAUCCUCCCGGAGGAACAGUGCGGAUUUCGACCAAGGCGAUCCACCGUCGACAUGCUGUUCGUCGUGCGCCGCCUCCAGGAGCUGGGGCAGAGAAAGAAAAUACCGCUCUACGUGUGCUUCGUCGACUUGAAGAAGGCGUAUGAUUCGGUGGACCGAGAGAUGCUAUGGAAGGUGCUG